GAGCUUUAUGCAACGUUCUGUGAUAUGGACUUUACGGACCAUAUUGCGCUCUUCGUGGAAGUUGUUAAUACGUAGCUGUUUUUCACCGUCUUAUUGAGAUAUUUGAUUAAUUCGAUGUUUGUCGUCGAGCCUCGGGAAUCGAGUACGCACGUAUCGGGAUAAUUAACGACGUUGAGAACAUUCCGUAGAUUCGUGUCAAGGGUAGUUCAACCACUAUCUCAAAUAUCCCGAGGAGAUAAUCCAAAGAUCCUCUCGCCAUGGUUAAUGCUAGGGUAUUUUUUGAUGUUGAGGUCGGUGGCCUACCCAUGGGCAGAAUAGUCUUUGAAUUAUUUUCAGACACUUGUCCCAUAACGUGUGAGAAUUUUCGUGGAUUAUGUACAGGAGAAAAGGGACUUGGGAAAACGACGGGCAAGCCGUUGCAUUAUAAAGGCAUUGUUUUUCAUAGGGUUGUAAAAGAUUUCAUGAUUCAAGGUGGAGAUUUUUCAAUAGGUAAUGGGACAGGUGGCGAGUCGAUUUAUGGUGGUACAUUUGCAGAUGAAAACUUUAUUAUGAAACAUAAUAAGCCAUUUUUAUUGUCAAUGGCGAAUCGCGGUAGAGAUACCAAUGGCUCACAAUUUUUUAUUACAACACAACCAGCGCCUCACCUCGACAAUGUCCAUGUGGUUUUUGGAGAAGUAGUGUCUGGGCAAGAGAUCGUUACGCAUAUUGAAGGACUUCCAGUAGACCGAAUGUCACGUCCAUUGCAAGAUGCUAAGGUUGUGAACUGUGGCGAAUUAAUUUUGAAGCUCAAAAGUAAAGCGAAAAAACGAGAAGCAAAGCAAAGUAGUUCGGCAGAUUCAGAAUCUGAUUCUUAUGCUGAUAAGGCGAAAAAGAAAAAGAAGAGCAAGAAAAGUAAAAAGAGAGCAAAGUCAGAAGAUGGUGAAAUUCAAGAUUCUAACGAGGAAGAUGAGGGUGAACCUCAUCCGCUAGUGUCCGUUACGAAAAUUGAUCCCGAUGAAAUUCCAGAAGUACCAGCAAAUAAAUUUUUAUAUAGAGCAGGAUCCACCAAUAACGCAAAUCAGAAGGAAUUCAGACAGCAUUAUGGAAGAGAUCGCGCGCGAUCUCACAGAAAGACUGGCCGUGUUUUCAAGGGUAGAGGAAUAUUUCGAUAUCACACGCCUUCUCGAAGUCGUUCCCGAAGUACAACACCACCUCAUUGGAAGCAAGCUCAAAACCGUACUAUCAAAUUGCAUGAAUUUCAGAAAAUAGAAAAAGAUCGAAUCAAGAAAGAAGAAGAGUUCAAACAACGUGAAACUGAUAGAAUUAGAAGAUUCGUAGAGAAUCCGGAUGAAAAUGAUCAAAUGCCAGAUUUAGAUGUGUGCACGACAGAAUUAAUGGAGAAUAAAGAAAACGAUCAGACAGACGAGACAGCAGCUAUGACUAAAAUGGCGCAAGAUGAUAACGCAGAGGGAAAUGACGUUGUGCAAAGCAAGGAGGAGAAUAAGCAUAAUAAAAAUGAGAAGCCAUUCAAACGCGACCGAUCCUACAACGAUAGAAACUCCCGACGUGACUCCAGAGAUAGGAACAGAAGACGCGGACGUUCUCGAUCAAGAGAUCGUCGAAGAUCGAGAGAUAGAGAUUAUGAUCGUAGAACGAGUCGUGAUAGAAGGAAUCGGAGAAAUUAUUCUCCUCGUAGGCGAGAUUCUUACAGAUCCUACAGACCCGGAAGAGAUAAUUACAGGUACUAUGAUAAACGCAACGAUCGACGUCGGAAUAAUUUUAAUUCCCAUCAGGACAACGAUAUUAACUCACGCUACGACAAAAAUAAGUAUAAGAGAAAUGAUAAUGUACCGGACACGAGCCAAGCGAAAUUUAAACGUCGCUCGCGAUCAAGCAGCUCCAGCAGCCAACACUCCAAAAAUUAAUCUGCGUUUCACAUUCUUCUUUUUGCUUAUGGACACCAACGAAAUAUUAAUAAAAUACAAUUUGUGACUGUUAUUUAAAUCAAUAAAGUCUGAACGAUUAGCUUAUGCAGUAUUUGUUGUUAGGUGUUUUUUAGAUAAACGUACAUAUCUAACAUAAUAUUGUUGCAGUACAUUUUUUCUAUUAUUUAUGAAUAUAUUAUGGGAUGCAAUUUUAAAUUAAUAUAAUUAAUUUUAAUUAUUGUAUGUGUAAUUUUAGUACUAAAGUGUAAAAUUGGUACUGCAUUAUUUAAUCGUUCAAAUAUUAGCAAUCAUGCAAAUUCUUUCAGAUAAUCGAUCUAUGGUACCAAAUACCAAAUGCUGUUGAGCACUCUAAUAUUAUGAUCAUGCUAUCGAUGUACAAUCACUUACAUAUUAUUAAUUUGUGAAUCAAUAAUGUCAUAAUAAUGCUGGAGCAAUAUAUAUUAAUUCUUUUUCGAUACA